AUGGAUCUUGAUUCGAACCAAGAACCCACCUCCACCAACCAGCCUUCUUCGGGUCGGGUCGAAACAAUCGGAUCCUCGUCGAACGAUGUGGACGCCGAUAUGUCACCUCGGAUGAAGUUUCAAAUUAUGACCGAGGCUAUUCGCGCACGCCAACGUGCGCGUGAUCAGAUGGGCAGAAAUUCAACCGGCUAUAACAACAGCGCCACCGCCACCGACCGGCCUUCUUCGGGUCGGAGACAGUCCCAUCUGGCGGCGGAACCCUCGGGAAGUGGGGCCCACGGAUUUCCCGAGUGCAGUAUAUGUUUGGACGCGGCGCGUGAUCCGGUGUUGACCUGCUGCGGCCACCUGUUCUGCUGGCCAUGUUUUUACCGGGUGCCGAAAGUUGAUUCUUGGUCAUCUACCAAAGAGUGCCCCGUUUGUAAGGGGGAGGUUUCUGACGACACCGUUACUCCCAUUUACGGAAACGAUGGCGGACCCGCCGUGACGGAAUAUUCUUCCGGGUUGAUCAGGAUUCCACCUAGACCCAAAGCCCGUAGGGUCGAGAGCGCUAGGCAACGAAUGGCUGGUGGGCCCCUUGAAGGGGUAUUAUCGGACGCCGUUCGCGACGUAGGUAGCCGACUUGCCCGCCUCGAAACAAUUCUAUCACAAAUUCAGGCUAUAAGAAGUUUGAACUGA